AAUGUGGAGCUUGGUGUAUUGACACGGCGAUAGCGAGCCGAUUUGUUUACGAUCGGUUAUUAUUACACAGCGUACAUACUCAAGUAAAUUCUAUAUUCCGUGAUUGACCUGCGUCGGUGCAACGUGUGUUCAAUAUGGAAGAAUGCGAUGAUGCAGACGAGACUACUCCGUUAUGCGCCGGGACUAUAAGGACUAGUGGUUUGAACAGUGACAGUUCCGAUGACUGUAAUAGUGUUAGGAAAGAGUCCUUGGAUAUAGUGUUUGAUAGUAGAAUGAUGAAGACAUCGACUAAGGCGGGUGAUCUGGCCGCCACGUGGGGAGGGAGGCGGUCGCUGGCGGAUUCAGGCGGAUUACGACGAGCGCAAUCGUGGUCUGGUGGAGCCCCAGACGAUGUUAGUUCUGAGAUUAGAAUUUUAAGGGAAAGACUAGUCCGUACACAGUCGCGACUACGACCAGCUGCGGUGCGUCUACUGUCAGGAAAGCAGCGGCUCACUCUCGUAUCCCUUGCCCUAGUGGAUUUUAUGAGUUUCUGCUCUAUGAGCAUCAUGGCGCCAUUCUUCCCUCGUGAAGCCUCUAUGAAAGGUCUCUCGGAUAUUAUGUGCGGUGUAGUGUUCAGUUUCUACGCCGUAGUAAUGUUCAUCACAUCUCCAUUUUUUGGAAAAUUUUUACCAAAAGUGGGAGCUAAGUUUUUGUUCACUACAGGCAUGUUUGUAGCGGGGACCUGCAAUGUAAUUUUUGGAACCCUAGCUUUAGUCCAAGAUAAGACGACAUUCCUAACACUAUGUUUCGUGGUACGAGGCAUGGAGGCGCUGGGUGCAAGCGCGUACUCUACGGCGAGUUACGUGUUCGUAGUAAACGAGUUUCCUGACAGCAUCGGCUCCGUCCUCGGCAUACUGGAGACAUUCGUGGGUCUCGGCAUGUCUGUGGGGCCAGCUAUUGGCGGACUAUUGUACUCGAUCGGGGGCUUCAGUCUACCGUUUUACAGCCUUGGCAUCGUAAUGGUGUUUACUGUUCCCAUCAACUACUUUUUGCUGACUGACUGCGAAGAGGUCAUAUAUGGGUCUAAAACUGCAUCUAUACUGCGCCUUUUCAAGAUUCCUUCAAUCAUAAUUACCGGCCUGGUCAUUGUGGUCAUGUCCAAUACAUGGGCAUUCCUCGAUCCCACUUUGGAACCACAUUUAAGACAGUUCAAUCUGUCUACGAAACAAAUUGGAUUGAUAUUCCUGCUGUUCUCCAGUUUGUACGGCAUAUUUAGUCCCAUAUGGGGAUGGGUAGCAGAUAGAGUACACAGUCAUUGGUGUAUGAUGGUGUGGGGACUGUUCCUGUCAACUAUUGGAUUACUUCUACUCGGUCCGUGUCCCUUCAUCCCAGGCCUUCCACAAGUGCUCUGGUUGGAUUUGAUCGCAUUGUCUAUUCUGGGCAUUUCAGUAGCACUAACUCUAUUACCGACAUUUCAAGGAGUAUUGACCAGUUCAAUCUACGAAGGUGGUUGUCCUGAGGCAUUGGCAACGUACAGUGCCGUAGCUGGUGUCUGGUCCUGUUGCUAUUCGCUGGGCGAAGUGCUAGGUCCAGCACUUGGGGGUAUACUCUCGCAGUAUUACGGCUUCCCGCUGUCUUCUACUCUAUGUGCUGCGGCUUGUUUCACCAUGGCGGUAGUCACGCUCACAUUCUUUUCGCUGCGCGAGUCAUCAAAGUGGGUGCAAGCCACGGAAUCUAUAUGUGUUUCGAUACCAUACACGGACACCACGUGGAACAGCAACAACUUCUGUCACACACAGAGCGCGCCCAACACCAGGCUAGCGGAAAAUUCACCGCUGCUUACACCCUGCUCGUGUGAAACCAAGAAUGAUACGUCAUACAUAACGUGCGGCAUUUCCCCGCCCCGUCACAUUUGCCUGUUACGCAAUAAAAGCAACAAGAGUGGUUCGGCGAGUGUUACCGAUGCGCUCGCAUAUUUCCUCAAAUUUCAAUACUUGACCAACAUUUAUAUUAAAGUGCUGAGAUCUCGCAAGAAGUCUCACCGGGACGCCACUCGCAACGAUGAACUUUACCAAAAUUACCUCGCAGAAGCAGAUAUGAAGGAAACGACUAACCAAAGAAACAUCUCAAAUUUAAACAAUAACAUUCUAAAAUGUAGAAAUAAAGAUGAGAAUACAUAUUGUACCUAUUUAGAGAAAGCCAUAUUUGGUAGUGCAGUUGUAAUGGAGAAUAUCGAUCACUUGAUGAUUAAAAGGCACAACAAGGGCUUAAUACCGAAACUGCUGGCGUGCGAGCAUGAAAGGAAACCAUCCAAUGAGAUCAUAAAACACAAUAUUGAGAAAGUACAAUUUUACGAACAAAAUCAAGCAUGCGCGUCGACAGAUGAUAUAUUUGAUGGUUGUGAAUGCAGAGACGGCGCAACAUACGUUCGAGGCACGGUCACAAUGUCUUCUACAGGCGCCUGUGAAGUAUGAUUUCAAUAAUAUAUAGUAAUCUAAUAAUAUUCCUCAACUUUUUAAUGUUAGUUACACAUUUUUAAUAUACUCAAUUU